AUGGAGGUUAUUCAUUGGAACAAUGAGAUUGGAAUUUUCGGCAUUGAAAUUGUUAUUCAUUGGACAAGGCUGUCAUCUGAGGAUGCGCGAUCUGGGCCGUUUAUUCAAAACCCCUCAGAGAGAUCUGAGCCCUUCGUUGAAAAUCCCAUCCCCCCAAAAUCCCUACCCCUCUCUCAUCUCUCCCGCCCAGAUCGCGCCAUCACCUCCCGCCUCCUCCUCUCCAGCGCCCGAAAUCGCCGCCGGAGCUCGCCGCCCCCGAUCAGCGUCGCCGCCGGCUCAAGAUCGCGCAUUCGGUCGCCAUCACCGACCUCCUCCCCCUCACCACCGCCCGAAAGCGCCGGCGCCCAAGCUCGGCCUGUGUCUCGACGUCCCCGAUCAGCGUCGCCGCCGUCCCCUUGCCCUAGCCAUCACCUCCCCUCCUCCUCUCCAGCGCCCGAGAUCACCGCAGCUGAGCGUCGCCGCCGGGUCAUCGCCGUCUACUCCUCCUCGCCAUCGAGCUCAGCCCUCGUCAUCAGCCACGCCUCCGACGGCAUUCGAGCUCAGCCCUCAGGUUCAUCGCCGCCUCCGGAGAUCGAUCAAGCCCUCGACGUCAUCCUCGCCAUCACCUCCCCCCUCCUCUCCACCUCACGAAAUCGCCGCAGCCUGCGCUUGCCGUCCCCGCUCAGUGUUGCCGCCGGCUCAUCGCACUUCGCCGCUGUCGAGCUCGCCUCCACCGAGCACUCACUCUAUGGCUACGAGCCAGAUAAUUUAGAGCUAUUUUUGCCAUGUAUUGUUAAAUUGGAUAUAAACUUUAAAUUUGGUUUAAACUAUCCUUGUAUAGACACUCCAACAAUUCUCUCACGUGAGGCAACAAUGGAAGAAGAUAAAGGCCAGGACCAUGAUCUACUAUCUACAACAUGGCUUCCCCCUCAGGCAUCCGAGCAUGAGGAGAAUGGUGAUGAGCUUAUGGGCGUUGAAAAUGGUGAAGAUAAUUUAAACAGCGUUGAUCCAUAUAUCGGAAUGGAGUUCUCUACUCAUGAGGAAGCUUAUAAUUUCUACAAUGCAUACGCCAGACUUAAGGGAUUUGGUGUUCGCAAGGGUCACACAGCUUGGUCGAGAAAGAAAGAUGCAAUCCUAUCUAGAAUAUUUGUAUGUGACAAAGAAGGCUUUAAAUCUUUAAAAGAUAAAAGAGAAGAUGGUCGGAAUGUAAUUCGAAAGUUCGAUACAAGAUGUGGAUGCAACGCAAGGAUGGUUAUUGGACUUGAUAGAAGCACUGAAAAAUGGGUGGUCCGAAAGUUAAACAGUAAGCAUAAUGGUCAUCCAUUAACCACCCCAACUCGGGUAAAGAAGCACUACUCACAUCGGACACUUCAUCGAGCUCAAUCGACAAAAAGGUUGAUAGAUACUCUUGACAAUCAAGGUUUAUGGCCUUCUGCCAUUUGUAAGGUUGUAGACGUUGCUCAUGGCAAUGAACAAGGCUCUCUCACUCAACAAGAAUGCCAAGCACAACUUAGACUUAAACGAAGAAACAACGUCGGCCAUGAGUGCGUGAACAUAGUUCGUCAAUUUCAAGAGAAAAAGGUAUCUGAUCCUCAAUUUUACUUCGCACUUGAUUUAGAAAAUGAUGGGACGAUGAGAAGUGUUUUUUGGAUGGAUGGUAGGUCGAGGACUUCUUACUUGCAAUUUGGAGAUGUUGUUUGCUUUGAUGUUACAUAUAGAACGAACAAUUUAAAAUUGCCGUUUGCACCAUUUACGGGCGUUAACCAUCAUCGACAGUCUACUCUAUUUGGGUGUGCGUUACUGGCCGAUGAAACGGAGGAGACGUUUAUAUGGUUAUUUAGCCAAUGGUUAAAAUGUAUGUCGGGUAUAGCACCAGUAACAAUCAUCACUGAUCAAGAUAAAGCUAUGUGUGGUGCUAUUCACAAAGUUUUUCCUAAAACUCGCCAUCGCUUUUGUUCUUGGCACCUUCGUAGGAAUGCCUUACAAAAUCUUCAAUCAAUGCAUAAUGAUUAUGGUGAGGAUGUUGGUGUAAAGUAUAACAAAUGGUAUUGGAGUAAAUCGGAAGAAAAAUUUGAAAAGCGUUGGGAAGAAAUGAGGGACAAAUAUGGUGCAGAUAAAAGGAGUUGGUUAGUAAAUUUAUACAAUCAUCGAGAUCAUUGGGCUCCAGUGUAUCUUAAAGACACUUUUACUGCAGGAAUGACAUCUACUCAGCGGAGUGAGGGAAUUAAUGCUUUUUUUGAUCAUUUUGUGAAUGUAAAUACCGAGUUACAUGAUUUUGUUAAGCAGUAUGAUAAUGCUGUCAGAGCUCGCCGAGCCGCUGAACUUGAGCAAGAUUUUAAGUCCACAAACUCAGUUCCUACAUUGAUAAUUGAACAUCCCAUUGAAAAACAAGCUCGGGAGAAUUAUACGAAGAAUCUGUUUACUAUCUUUCAGAAAGAACUCAAGGAUAGUUACUCCAUGCUUCAUGAAAAGUUGUCGAAGGACGGCGCAAGUGCUACUUAUGCCGUUUGGAAUAUAGAUAGCGAGGCUGAAAGCAAGAAGAUAGUAAAGCAUCAUGUUGUUUUCGAUACAUCCAAAGAAAAAAGAAUUAAGUGCUCUUGUGCGAGAUUUGAGAUGGAAGGUAUAUUAUGCAAACAUAGCUUGCACAUUUUAGUAAAGAAGCAAGUAUUAGAAAUUCCAUCAAGAUAUAUCAUGCAACGAUGGACAAUUAAAGCAAGACAUGUUGGUUGCGGAGUUGUUAGAAAUUGCAUUACAAAUAGUGAAGACCAACUAUCUAUCAUUAAACAUUGGGCCCUUAGGAGUAGAUGUAACAAGGCACUAGAAGAUACAUUGACUUCAAGUACACUUCAUGAUAAGUUUAGUGCUUUUUUAGACUCAUUUUUUGAAGAAGUUGAGAAUUCCAAGAUUGAGAAGGAACAUAACGACAAUGGAAAUGAGAGCAAUGCCAGCAAUAAGAUGCCUACUUCAUCCAUACCCAUCUCUAUAGAGGAAGCAACUCAAAUCACUAUUCGUGAUCCAGAUAAGCCUGUUGCCACGAAGGGACGACCAGCACAUGCUACUAGAAUUAAGUCGGGAGUGGAGAUAGCACAAGAAAAGAGUAUAAAAAACAAAGAUUUUGUGGGUUUUGUAAGGGAAAAGGACAUUAUAUAACGAGUUGUCCUUUAGCUAAGAACAAAAAUGUUGCUGGUGGAGGUCGAGAAAGUUAACGGCAUCGCCAAAACAAAGUUUACGGAGGGCCAAAACAAAGCAUGUGUUUCGGUUGAAUGUUCACAAUUUGAUUUAUUCACUUUUCCCUUAAGAUUUAUGUAUGUAUGGAUGAUAAUGUGGUUGUAUGGAUUAAUCAUGUAUGGAUGAUAAUUUGAAUUAAUUUUUUCCCCCAGAACAAUGAGGAACAAAACAG